AUGGCUUCCACCACUUUUACUCAGCGUCUGAUCGUGGCCCUAAUGGUCUGCACCCUGAUCGUCGAUCUCAGCACACUGACCGCCGCCCGGCCGCAGGACAGCGAUGCAGCCUCGGUAGCAGCCGCCAUCCGGUACCUGCAGGAACUGGAGACUAAACAUGCACAACACGCUAGACCGAGGUUGGUACGAAGUGAACUUCCCCCCAAUAUAAACGGUAUUCAUUCGGGACUUGACAAAAUUAUUGGAUAUUUCAUCCUAGAAGCUAUCGACAGAGCACACUCGACUGACGCUAGACCCAGAUUUGGAAAACGUGGUGGCUUCCUGAAUCCAGCAGUGUUUGGCCAAGACGAACAAGAGCGGAACUUUUACAGGCUGAUUGGCAGGAUUCAACAUUUUCGAGAUGAACAACUUCCAUCUAAUGUCUAAAUGAUGUCUAAAGAUCGGCUCUACCCGGCCAAAUAUAUCGUAACACAACCAUCCAGCCCUCAACAGUCCCAUCGCAGCUUACGAUCGCUAUGAACACCUUUUUAUUUAGCACUACCGAUAGUUGCUCGAAGUCUAUGAGACAUUCGAUCAUAUUUUACACGCUACAAACAACAUCUGCACCUACAUUAUCGUACUCCUUGGAUAUCCAUAACACGCCAUUCCUAGCCUUUUGAUCUUCCCUUAUUGACACCCAUCAAAAUGGUGUAUGAACCUUCGCCUAUCAUAAUUGUAAAGAUUAUUCCACUAGAGUAUUGAAAGCACUCUUCAAUUCUCCACGAACUUAAAAUAUUGGACUUGAAGAUCAGAGCAAUGUGGGUAAAAGCGAAAUAAAAUAUACCAAAACAAAAUGAUAAAAUACACAUUUUCAUCGGUGCAGUUAUUUACAUGUACAUUCUAAAAUAUGCGUUUGUGUACCAAUGUAAAAAUCAUGCAACGGAUAUUUACUGUUUGACUUUACGUUCAGGCAGAAGACAGAAAACAAAAUAAAUCCUUCAUGCUUAGUAUGAAUGUUCAA